AUUGAUCCUGCCUUAUCUCAACCACCUCCUCAUCGACACCGGCAGAGACAGAUCAACAUGGCCCACUACCCCGUCUACCUCAUCAAAACCUACCUCGCCAUCCAAGACCCCGACCUCCCCUCUCCACGAUACCAUACCACGAUCUUCGUCGAAACAGACCCCAUCACCGGCUCAGGCCACAUCCACGAAGUCGACGGCGACAUAACCUCCCCAGGGGGAAUGCACUAUCAAAGCAAGCCUGCUCCUCGGCCAGAGUUGACCGAAACCUUCUUCUCUCGAACACCGCUCGGUUUCACAAACGCAGCCGGAUAUCCAGAGACAUGGGACAAGGUGCUGAGAGCAGUGCCGGCUCCACCGCAGCAGAAGGCGUUCAACAUCAAGCGGAUGAAGACGGAGCCGUUCAAAAGCCUAUCCCCAUUGGAGUUCUAUGGAGAUGGAGAGGAAAGACGGCCGUUGAUGAAGUGCACGGAGUGGGUGGUUGAUAAGGCUAUUCCGGUGCUGAAGGAGGCGGGGUGUUUGCAGGAUUCACUGUCUUUGUGAGCUUGUUGGGGGUUGGUGAAGGCUGCGGUCUUGUUUUGAGCGGGUACUGAUGCUGUGUGGAUUGGCUGCAUGGAACCAACUGGUUGUGGUAUCUGGUUUGUUCGGGGUUGCACUGGAACUGCAACUGCGCGAGUGGACAAGCUUCCACGGCAUGUGAUUUUUUGUCCACACCACCUGAUAAGAUACGCAGCCUUCUUACUAUCCUAUGAACAAUAUAUGUCCCUUUG